AUGUCCGCAGCUGCUGGCAGGUCUCAGGAGAACAAACGAGUUCUCCUUCGUUCUCCGCCUGGAAACCAAAUGUCACAACAAGGAGCACCGCAUGUCGGCCCUGGUCACUAUGACAACCAUGAGUUUGGCACCAUAGUUUAUGACUUAGAGAAGAGACCCGUGAGUAAGAAAGGAUAUUCUCUCUGUGCGAGAACUGCAGCGCGCUUUCCACCUUGUAACAAGACAGCGACUCCUUCACCACAGCAGUAUCAGCGGGAUCAAACCAGGUCCAGAGUCGUCCCUCCUGGCAAAACACCUUUUAGCUCAACCACACAGAGGUUCAGCAGCAUGUCAAGUACAGCCGGAGACAGUCCAGGGCCUGGAGCGUACGCUCAUGAUGUGGUGACGAACAGGAAAGUGAGCUGGCCAAUGUGCUUUGGGAGCCCAGACUGGCCCAGACUGCCUCAGCUAGAGAAGAAGUCCCUGAAGAGGAAUCUAACUGGUGAAAAGGAGUUCCUUAAGCAGAGGAACAGAGUGGCGUACCUAAGUCUGUACUAUUAACUCUAAAGUUUGAAUAAAA